UUUGUUACCAGUGUCAAAGAAGUGUUUUGAAAAAGUAGUCGACCUUGUGUGAAUAUUUCAUUGUGAAAUUGUUUAGAAAAAUAUUAAGUUAUUUACGCCUGUAAACAGGAAACUAAAUUAUGGAUCUCUUAGGCUCAAUACUAAAUGCAAUGGACAAGCCACCUAGUGUAAAUGACAAACAGAGACUUAUGAUGAAAAAACAGCGUGAAGCCAUGUUGAAGAAAAAAAAUGAAGAUAAGGAAAAACUGAAGAAAUUUAGGGAAGAGGUAGAGAAGACGAUAGAAGAAUUCAUCAAAGAUGACAGCAAGGGGAGGCACGUGUUUGAACCAAUGGAGCACGUGCUCAGGAGUGUUGUCCUGGACGUGGUGGAGGUGGCCGGAGUAUCGGCAUUCAUGGUGGGAGAGGAAGGUGUGGACCGGCACGUCGUGGCUUACAAACGAGAGUUUGCUCCUUCGGAGGAUGAACUGGCUGUACUGAGGAGAGGCGAGGAGUGGACUCCGGAAAAAGCUAAGGAAAUUGCAGAGCAGAGAGAGCGUGAUCGGCAAGAAGCAGAGGAGGCAUCAAAGAAACGUUCCUCGCGUGAUGAGAAAAAUUUUGUUCCUGCCUCCAACUUCUACAAGGACAAGUACAGGCACCUGAUUGGCGAGGAUGCUGCCCUAGCAGCUGCAAAAAAGACUGAGACAAAUAGAGCUUAUGGGUUUGUACCUAGUGAGAACAAGAAGGAUGUCCGAUCGAUUGAGCAGACACUGGCUGACCUCCAGAGGCGGAAACGUCAGAAGGUGGAUGGUGGAACUCGUCAGGAAUCACCCCCACCGGGCAACGAGGGGCCGAUGGAGCCAUCCGAGGCUGCUAAGUCUUCGGCCUGAGGGCAGUGCCAGCAUUCAGUCUCGUACGGGACUUUUAGAGCCUGCUUGUGGAUUACCAGAGAGACACACAAUAUCACUCGGAAAUCGGCAGGUUCAGUAGUGUCUUGCAAAACCCACGUUUUAUGCUUCGUACCUUUGUGACUUAAUUCCUAUUAUAAUCAUUAUAUGUGCUCAAUGAAAUAUGUUUUGGUUUAUUACAAAGUUCAUUGACUAAACUGAGUGUUUCGUAGCAAACCCUUGCUGUUUUGAAGUCCUCUGUUAUCUGGGGCAUAUGCUGUUUGGUGUGUUUUCAUGACUGAGUGCUAUACAUCAAAAUAGCUGACUUUUCUUGCUCAUAAUUUACCUUUCAUCAUUUUUGUGCUUCUGACAAUUCCUGCCAUAGUUUAUAGAAGUGACGAACUUUGUAGUUUUCUUUUAUCAGAUAAUUCUCAGUCGUGAUUUGUGUGUGUUCAGUAGUUUGCUAGGUAAUAAGUGAUAGAAAGCAAAUACCCAGUGGUGGGGCACUGUACGUUCCUAACGAAUCGGGUUUUCAUUUAGUGCCUUACAGAGCCAAAUGUUGUCAACAUCUUUUUCGGUAACUUCUGAAUCAGAAAAUGGCAUAAAGAUUACAGGUGUGUUGUGUGUGAUCUGUGUGUUCCAGAUCACAAAGAAGAUUCAUUUUAUUAAACUAUAUUGUCUUUUGUGCUACAAUUCAAUCAUUUUCAGAUUUUUCCAGCACACAGUGUUUCUGUACAAUAUUGUUUGUAAUAUUUAUGUCAAUAUUUAUACAAAAUUGAAUUAAAUGAUGUAUAAUCAG